AUGCUACAACAUCUCCCACGGAUUGCGCGACUUGGUGCUCCCCCGCCUCUCUCCUUCUCCUCAGCCCCCACCAUCUCCCUUACAAGAGCCUUCGCCUCGCGACGUGCAGCUGCCAUACACUCGACCCACGAAUACUCCGACGAUGACUUCGAGGCAGCCCGCCAAUGGCUUGUGGGGUUUGACGCGCAUCCCCUCCCCCGUCACAUCGGUCACAUCUCCUUCAGUCGCUCGGGAGGUCCCGGGGGCCAGAACGUCAACAAAGUCAACUCCAAAGCCACUCUAAAAGUCCCCUUGGCAUCUCUUCUCCCUCUGGUCCCGCGCGUUCUUCAUCCCUCGCUUCGCACAUCCCGCUACUUCGCAGAGCGGACUGAGACACUGGUCAUCCACGCAGAGGAAUCCCGGAAGCAGGCGGCCAACGUCGAGUCCUGUUACGACAAGCUCCACCAACUCCUCAAGACCACCGCCAAGGAUGUUAUCCCGGGAGAAACAUCCCAAGCCCAAAGAGACCGCGUGCAUAAACUGUAA